UCUUAAUAAACAAUUUCUAGAUAGGACACUGAACGAUUAUUGUAACUUCUCGCGGUUGUUUGAUGCAAUACAAAAUAUUUGCACAAUAGACCAGCAGAGAGAGUUGCAGCAUGCUCGGGCGGCAAAUAUAAUAAAACAGAAUAUCACUAAACGAUGAAUAUGAACAUAUGUUUAUUCUUAAACAAUAAUUUAAUUUCCAUGCAUUUUACGUGAUAUUAUUUUACUUUAAUAAAAUUGAAAAUUCUUCCGAAACAUCCUACGUACGAUGAAAAUUCUAUUAUCAUGACAGAUGCAUGCUACUUAUUAGUAGUAAAAAAAGUAUUAGCAGCAAGUUUGAAUUGAAAUUUUCAUUUACUUUACCUAACUUCAAGCAAUUAGAAAAUAUAAACAGAUGAUAAUCGAGUGCGUAAUAGCUUGUGUGAUACCGAUGAUACCGAUAUUAUAACAAUAUUAAACAUGCAAGAAGCUUCCCAGAAAAGUCGUCAAAAUAGGGGCAAGUUUAUCGAUACGUUAAUAUCACAAUGGACGAAGCGAACGGGAAGUAAUAUUCCAUUGAAUCAAGCAGAAGAGGUGGCCUGUUCAAACACUGAAAGUAACAAGCUAGAAAGUAUGCAGCAUAUUCUGCAGGAUCAGGAACGCGUCAUCCAAGAUCUGAAAAGGAAACUGAAAGAGAGUCAGCAAGUGGAAGCCUUUUUGUCCGCCACCUUGGAAAAAGAAGCACACAAUAAGGAGGAGAUUCAAACAAAAUUAAAUGCCACAUGGGAAUCCGUCAACACCAUCACGGAAUACUUCAAUUACAUCAGCGAGAGUCUCACCAGUUUCCAACAACACCGUGCUAAUUUGUUUACUCUGUACAACAAUGUGAUUCUGAAGCAACAGGAAACCAUUCAGCAGCUUCAAUUGAAUGAGACAAAGUCGAAAGAUCUGGAGAAUCAUGUUGCGCAAGUAGAAAAUAAAUCAUUACUUCAAGAAAAAAGACUACAAGAAGCGAUAGCAGAGCAGGAAAAAUUGCGAAAGCAACUGGAGAAUUCCGAGCACAAAUUACAAUUGCAAAAGAAUGAAUUGACGAAUUGCAAUUCCGAAAAGCUCGUGCUCGUUAAGGAACAGCAGCGAUUGCUAUCGAAAUAUGAAAGUUCACAAUCACGAUUGCAAAUGCUCGAGGAAGAAAAAUGCAAUAUCGCGAAAUUACUCGCACAAUUAGAAAAUAAAUUGCAUCUUGAAGAAGAAAAAAUGCAAGCGGCACUGACAGAGCAGAAUAAAUUACAGAAACAACUGGAGAAUUCCGAGCACGAAUUACAGUUACAAAAGAAUGAAUUGGCGAAUAGCAAUGCUGAAAAACUCAAGCUUGCUCAGGAACAGCAGCGAUUGCAAACGGAAUCUGCAAAUUUACAAUGGCAACUGCAAGCGAUCAAGGAAGAAAAAUGUAAUACUGCAAAAUCAACCGAACAACUGGAAAUUAAAUUGCGUCUUGAAGAAGAGAAAAUGCAAGCAGCACUGACGGAGCAGAAUAAAUUACGGAAACAGUUAGAGAACUCGGAAUACGAACUGCAAUUGCAAAAGAAUGAAUUGACGAAUAGCCGUACUGAAAAGCUCAAGCUGGUCAAGGAACAGCAGCAGUUGCUAUCACAAUGUGAAAGUUUACAAUCGCGAUUACAAGCUGUCGAGAAAGAAAAAUCCGAUAUCGCGAAAUUAGUCACUGAAUUGGAAAGCAAAUUACAACUUCAAGAAGAAGAAAUACAAGAAGCAUUGACAGAGCAAAAUAAAUUGCAAAACCAAAUAGAUGACACCAAGCGCGAAUUCUAUUCACAAAAAAAUGAAUUGAAAAGUGCACAUACCGAAGAAAAAGAAAUACUUAUCAAAGAAAAACAGCAAUUGUUAUCAAAAUUAGAUAGUUUACAAUCGCAGUUAAAAAUACUACAAAAAGACAAAAGCAAUAUUACAGAAAUAAUUGCGCACAGAGAUGCGCAUCUUUCAAAACUUGAAAAUGAAGUUUCUAUGUAUAAAAAUCAAAUCGACGCAAUGGAGACGAAUAAUAACGAAGCACGUACUAAAUGCGAAGCAUUGGUAGAAAAACAAAAUUUAUGCGAGAAAGAAUUGCGUGCAAAAACAGAAAAAAUCCAAAAUUUGGAGGCAACGUUAAGCGAGAUGCAAAAGAAUUUAGAAAGAACUAAAAUUAGCAACGACCUUACCAAUCUCGUACAUCAGCAACAACUGAAGACUCUUCAAGAGGAGAAAAAAGAAGCUCUAAAGAGAGAAAGUACAAGAAUUCAGGAAAACCAGCAAUUAUUAUCAAAAUUGGAGAAUUUACAAUCGCAGUUAAUACUACAGAUAGACAGUCAUCAGAAUAGUGAGUACAACGAAAGUCUUCAAGAAAAGAUGAAAGAAAUGUCACAGAAAUCGAAUGAAAAUCGAGAACCCAAUUUUACGAAGGCUCAGAAGAAUGUAAAGCGCAAAAACGAGGUCCGAUUUAGUCCUGAAAUUAUAGAAAAUUCCGAUGAAAGUCAUCAAGUAGAUGGCCCGGCGGAAAGGAAAUUUUUCAAAUCUGGUCCUAUAUUGCGUACUUAUUCAAGGCGAACACAGAAUUAGAAAAAGAAUAUAUUAAAAAAUCAAGAAAUCAAGUGAAAAACAAACCAAGAAAUCAUGUGAAUACAAGUUAGAAGCUCUAGAUAUUUAAUGUAAACUUAAGAUUGAUAUCAAAUGAACAGAUGAUCAUAUUUAGAUUAACAUAAUGAAUACAGAGCGUUUUGUUCUAAUAGAUCAGACGAUCCUUUAUCUGACAUUUCUAUUCUAAUUACUUAAAGUUAACUCUGUGUUCACCAUGACAUAUGUAAUGAAAAGAAUUUGUUUUUUUGUUCACAUUACUGUUUGAUUUAAAUGUAAGAGAUACGUAUAAUAAUGUAUUUUAUGUCAGAUCUCAGGAUCGCAAAAUAAAAGAAAGUUUAAAACUA